GUUCUUUCGAAGUAUUGAUAUCAAUUCGUUUAUUCCGCAUACGACUGUAUCUAACAUACAUAUAACAAGUGAAAUUGCAAUAGCAAAGGAUGUUAAGUGUCUUAAAAAUGUCAACAAGUUUCGACCUAGGAGUACUAGUGUUCUUAAUCGUUCCGGCUUACGAUUUUGCCCCCAAUGAAUUUGUCGACUAUAUCCAGAUUCCUCCAGAAAAAUGCUUCAUAUCGUCAGAUGAUUUUAAAACAAAAGUUGUUGGAAACUAUUAUACAUCUGCCUAUAUAAUGGCGGCUGGCCUUGCUGGUGGCGUACCGGAACCAAGGAAUAUUGGAGAAAGGGCGACCUAUCUAUGGACCAUCAAGCCGGACGGAAGAGUACGUCGCUCUUCCGGGUUUUGGAGCUUCGGAUGCAGGGUGAUUGAUGAAUUUUGGCCUCAAGCGUCAUGUCGUGCAGCAGAAUUUCAUCCGAUUGGAAGCUCUGUCAACCUGUCAAUUCCUACACUGCGAUCAGAAGUCUUGAUAAGCUGUGACCCUGAAAACUAUGUUGUCAGAGUGUUCUGUGACGGAGCUGAAAUAAUCCCAAAAAGCCGGUGUAACAAUAGUGCUGCGUUUGUCCUUAUUCGGGACCGUCGGGUAGAUGACGAUGGCGACGGAUUAUUGGACGAGAAUCCAGAUUAUAGCGGAACAGACUGGUGCAAGAUUGACCGGCUCAUACGGGCUUGUCUCGGCACAAAGUUGGUGGAAUGGCAGUGGCAUUCCCUGCGUAAGGAAGAAUGCCCCCGUCCUCGAUAAGAAGUAUCGGUCAACAAGCAUUACCCGGAAAAUUCAGUCAUGUUGCAUUAUUUGCAAACAUGUUAACAUUCCAGCAAACAUGUUUUAAUUCUCCUUAGCAAAUAAACAGCAAA